GAAGAGGAAGAAGAAGAAGAAGAGAAAGAAGAGGAGGAGGUGGAGCAACAGCAGCAGCAGUAGCAGCAGCAGCGGUGUGACGGGCGCUUUCGCGCGAACUAUCCAAUCGUCUGUUGCGCACAAUCGGUGCGGAAAGAGAGUUCGCGGUUUUAACGGACCAUCCGAGAAUAUUGACGAGGUGACGGCCACGGGAAGUCGCGGUGGUAACGACAACGGUAAGGACAAGGACGACGGGGACGACAACGACGACACGCUAUACCUGUGUACGACGGCCCAUCAACGCGGCAACAAGCAUCAUCGCUCGUCCAGGUGCCGCGUAGGUUCCUCUCUCGCUCCGCAACGACGACGACGACGACGAGGUGGGGCAUCGUGCUCGUCGUUGGUUAUCGUAUUGCCGUGCACGGUGCACACGGUCACGCGCCACCGCGUACGUCGGCAGCAGCGCCACCGGGAUGGAGAGGCGAGCCGCUUUUGUGCUGCUGGGGAUGCUAUAUUUAGCGGUGGGCACCCUCGUCACGGUCCAGGCAGUGCAAUAUACGGGACCGACGAUCGUGCGCGAGGGACAACCUUGGAACAUCGAAUGCAGCGAUUUGAAGGACGAUGAUCUCGUUAGAUGGACCAGGAAUGGUCAGACGUUGGAACCUGAAUUGUCCAGUGGUCAGCUAGUCGUCUUUUCAAAGACCGACGCCGGCAGCAGCAAGCUCUCGGCGUCCCAGGCGACUGAGAGUCACGAAGGAGAUUACAAAUGCACCUCCGACAGUCCGGAGUCUUUCCACCUGUCAUUAUACUUUGAUAUUAAGAUUAGAGUACUUACGGCCAGAGACAUACCUUUGGUGCUCGAAUGUGCAAACAGAAGCGCCGGCGAUAAAGUGCAAUGGUUGAAAGACAAGACACCGUUAAGCACAGCGUUUGCUGGUAACGAAGAUAUCAUCAAGAUUGAUAAUGAGACUGGCAGCCUGGAAAUUUUAAAGGAUAAGGAGGAAGCUCAUGGAAAUUAUACUUGUAAAGCGGCUAACUCCACAAUCGAAUACAGAGUCGUACCAAGGCCAAUAGCGCAUCUGGCUGAAUCUACCAGUGUGGUGGAGGGUGAAAAGCUACACUUGGUGUGCAGCAGUCUCCGGCAGACCCCCGGCGUAAAGAUAUACUGGACCUUCGGGGAACAAAAUUAUACGCGCAGCAAGGGUCGCGUGAAGAUUACCAAAGACCCAGAGAGGGGUAUUUAUGGCGCCGUUCUGAUUGUCGACAACAUCGAGAUGAACGAUCGCGGUAAUAUUAUCUGCAGAAUGUCGUACAACUGGUCUGAUCCCGUAUUAGAACAUUCAUCGGAGGCCAAGACAUUCCUCAGGGUGAAGGACAAGCUUGCUGCACUCUGGCCCUUCUUAGGCAUUUGUGCAGAGGUUGUUGUUCUAUGCGCUAUUAUCUUAGUGUACGAAAAGAAGCGGAACAAAGCUGAACUUGAAGAAUCCGAUACCGAUCAAAGUCCUGAUACCAAACCGACACCUAACAAGGAAUCCGAUGUCAGACAGAGGAAGUGAAACAGCAAGUAAAUAUUAUAAAUUAGAACGAUACAAGUUGGAGAACGGGUCGCCAUGUGUAGAAAGCUGUAAUGGAAAUCUGUAAAGACAACGGAACACGGCUUUUGAAUGAGAGAGAGAAAGAUGUGUCGUCAUAAAUGUGGAAUAAACACUGCAAAAUGGACAGCAGCGAGCUUGAGUGGGCCAUUCAUAGUGCGCAUCUGUGUGAAAACAGGCGUGUGCAGCAGACGCGUACAGAGCAAGAUCACACAAGUUACUAACAAAUUAAAUUAAGCCUUAUUACGGGGGUGUUCACUCCGAUUUAUCAGAUGUUCGCCUGUUCGUAUUCUUUAACUACACUGCUUUAACCAAGAAAUGUGUCGAGUUAUGUACAAGUGCCGAUGAUGACACGAGUGCGUGCCAGAGAAUGGAGGGUAUGCGUGUGUGUGUGUGUGUGUGUGUGUGUGUGCAUGUGCAUGUGCGUAUGUAUGUGUGUAUGAGAAAGAGAGAAUAAGAGAGAGAGAGAGAGAGAGAGAGAGAGAGAGAGAGAGAGACAGAGAAAUAAUGCAUGUAUGAGUUAACAAGUAAACAGACCGAUAGAUUGAAAAAAAGCAGAGAUAAAAUGCAGAAAUAAAAUGGCGUACCCACCGAGCGCAAAUACAUGCGCGAUUAUGUAUAAUUUCUUACAAAACGCUUCGAAGUGCAUUCUAACAAGCACCAUAGUUCAGUCACGCGUUUACUCGUCACAUACAUCGCUCUAUUGUCCCGGGCGGCGUUUGCAUUCGUGUUCGUGGGUAUGCCACAUAUUAGAUUGCGUAGAACUCGUUUCUCAAACUUCGCACGUGUGACCGAAGAAAAAAACUUUAUGGUAGAGCCGAACAUAUGUGCUCGAUGCUAGUUAUGUAAUAAUAGGAACGCGGGCAGUGCGUGCCACAAUUGACUUCCGGAUAUAUGCUCGCGUACUUUUAGAGAUCGCAAGAGAGAGAGAGAGAGAGAGAGAGGGGGGGGGGGGGGGGAAGGGAGGGAAGAAAAUGAAAGAGGAGAGAAAGUUUAUCUUUGGCGUCGCCUUAUAUUCCAUCGCUCAUGAAGGUAUCCCGGAAGUCUGGCUGCACGCGACGCCGUUGUUAAUGACAUUAAUGUAAUUAAUACUGUAAUAUUAUUGCCAUCGUUACUACUGCUGCUACAUCUAUCGUUAUUAUAAUUAUUACAAGUAUUAUAUCGUUAAUUUUAUCA